AUGGCCUCGGAAGUUGCGCAUCCUGAAGCCAUAGUACCUAACGGAGACGCCCCCAUCACGAAUGGGUAAGUUGUUUUCCACAUGGAGCUGCCUGGCCGUGAAAAGCCUCGAACAUCGCUGCACCUUCUGUUAGACACGUCAACAAACAUGCUGACGAUUUCCAGUGAUCAAACACACAACGAAGAUGCAUUCGCCGAAAAUGCAAAUCUCCCCAAGAGCGACACUGCCCUUGACGUGAAUGUUGCAGCCGACCCUAAUCCAGGUGGACCCACGCCAGUUGAAGAUGUGGCGCCAGGUAUAACACCAGUCGCCAGCUUCAUACCCAAGGAAGCUCCAGUCUCACACCCCACGCCACCACCUGAUGAGCCGCUCAACACCUCCGAAGCUAAUGUCGAGACGGUGACAGCAGCAACAGAGGAUGCACCAAUGGAGGAUGUAUCUUCCAAGAUGGAGGCUGAGCCCGCUGAGCCUACAGCUUCCACGGCACAACCCACUUUGCCAUCGUCUGAAUCGAGCCUCGUACGCCCACGCGAAGACGACGACGAUGACGGCGAGGGUGAGCGUGCAGCGAAGCGAAGCAAGGUAGACAGCGACAUCGAGCAUGUUGCUACCACCGCAGACACAGAUCCAGCGGAUGUGGCACCAGUCGAUGUGACUCCAGCUGAGCAAACAGCAGCGUCCGCUCACGAGUCUGCUCCCUCUCAGACACAUGAUCAAGUCGUUGAGACACAGCUUCCGGUCGCUGCGCCCGAGUCGGCGAUUGUCAAGGACGAAGCCAGCAUUCCGGAGAAGCCCGUGGAGUCGGGCGCGAAGUCAGCAGAUAUGGACGUCAAGAUGGCCGAGCCCGAUGCAAAGCCAGUGGGGAAGCCUGCAGGAGCACAGCCUGAGUCUUCAGCACAGCCUGCAACACAGUCAGCAGCAGCUCUGCCGAAGCCAGCUUACAGCGAAAAGCCCCUCACUCAAACGCAGACCAAAUUCCUCGCAGAGAAGAUGAAGAACAUGAAGAAGACAAAGCACGCGGCGGCUUUUCUGGCUCCUGUUGAUCCUGUAGCGCUGAACAUUCCCCACUAUACGAACGUGAUCUCCAAUCCAAUGGAUCUGGGCACCAUGGAGGCCAAGCUGAAGUCGAGUAAAUACGCAUCGGUGCAGGCUUUCGUAGACGACUUCAACCUCAUCAUCAGCAACACGCGCACCUUCAAUGGUGACAACCAUGCGGUGACGCAAGCUGGACUGUCGAUGGAAGCGUACUUCAAGAAGAUGUUAGAGACUGUGCCCAGUGCAGACCAGCCAGUCGUGCAAAAGGCGCACGCGAAGAAGGCAUCCCCAAAGCCACACGGUCAGACGGCACGGCGUGAGUCCCGUUCUGCAACAGUACCAGCGCCGCAACCAGCGAGUGCCGCCGUAGGCAACAACAGCUCCAGCGAAGCGUUUGCACUCCAGGCAGAUGGUACUCCGCAGAUCCGCCGUGAAUCCACGACCAAUAGGCCAGCGCGUGCCAUCAAGCCUCCACCGGCUCGCGAGCUCUCGUACGCCAAACCAAAGCGCAAGGAGCAUCAACUUGAGCUGAAGUUUUGCGAGCACGUUUUGGACGAGGUGAAGAAUCCGAAGCAUGCCAAACAAAAUUACUUGUUCCUGCACCCCGUUGAUCCCGUCGCUCUGAACAUCCCACACUAUCGGCAAAUCGUGAAGCAACCCAUGGACCUGUCGACCAUGACGCAGAAGCUCAAGCAGGGUCAAUAUGGUAAGGCAGCCGAGUUCAAGAAGGACUUCGAACUCAUGAUCGCGAAUUGUCUGGCCUUCAAUCCUCCCGGCAAUGUCGUGCGAGACCUUGGUAUCGAGUUCCAGCGCAUCUUCGAGGCUCUUUGGAAGCAGAAGGAUCGUUGGGAGCAAGCUCGCAAGAAUGAGGGGCCACGCGGGAAUUCUGCUUCCGCUGAUGAGGAUAGUGAGGAAGAAGACGAGGACGAUGAGCAAGGCACCGAUGUCAAUGACCCAAAUGCGGCAGCCAAGACGAUUGCCGAUCUUCAGAAGCAGCUUGCGGAUAUGCAGAGCAGCCUUGCUGCACUGGGUCAAGGCCAGCCUCCGGCCGCAAAGAACAACAAGAAGGCCAAGACGACUGCGAAGGCAAGCGGGCGUAAGGCUGGUGGCGGCGCGGCAGCGACCAAAUCCAAGGCUCCAGCACCCAAGGCCAAGGCACCACCGAAGAAGGUGAAGCAGGUGACGUACGAGGAGAAGCAGGAGAUCUCCGAGGCGGUCGGCAACAUGAACGAGGAGCAGGUUGCGAAGCUGACCAAGAUCAUCACCGAAAACUGCUCCAAGUACGCCGACCAAGAAGAGAUGGAGCUCGAGAUUGACGACUUGCCGAAUGAUGUUCAGGCCAUGCUCUUGAAGUACGUUCGCAGCAUCUUCGGGAACCCAAACCGGGGACGUGCUGCCUCUCCGGAUGAUGGAGCAGCACUGGACGACGAUGACUUUGAGCCAGGUGGACGCAGCGGCUACGGGACAGGCGCCGCCAACAAGCGCAAGAAGCAUAAGCCGAUGGGUAAGGAAGAGCAGCAGGAGAGGAUCAACACUCUGCAGAAGCAGCUCUCGCAGUUCGCGGGCGGUGCUGGUGGUGCUGGCGCGAGCCAGGGAGGAUCUCAGGCCGGCGGUGACUCGAGCGGUGAUGACAGCGAGGAGUCGGAAGAGGAGUAA